AUGAGUCCUGCGCAUAUCAAUGCCGGACCUCGAGAUGCAAAUCCGACAACUACCGGCGGCCCCGAUAGCGAUGAAUGCGCAAACAAUAUACGGCUUGACGAGGGUAUAAUGGACAGGAGUAACGGUGCACCACGGCUCAGGCAGGCCGGUCCACGGUCCAAGCGGGUUCUCCUGUCAACCAGCACACCGUUUGCGGAUACGAUCGUUCGCUCACUCUACCGAGACCCCGACGUCGAGCUCCGGUUAAUAGUACCGCAAGGGUUGGAGGUUGGGCAAAAUGAAUUAGAAAACGUCAGAUAUUAUGAAGAUGCACCACAACGGGUUACGGACACGACUAGCCAGCCUUUGAGGGGACAGUUCAAUAUGACGGCUGCUAAUCUUGCAGACUGGGCAGAUUUGUUGAUCAUAAGCCCCAUGGAUGCUGGAACACUUGGGUCAAUGGUUUGUGGACUGACUACGAGCCUUACGUUGACUCUGCUGCGAGGCUGGGAUGUUUCUAAGUCUGUUAUUCUUGUUCCAGGGAUGACUGCCCGCCAGUGGGUCGCCCCUAUCACUAGGAGGCAUCUUGACGAUAUACAAGUGUUCUGGCCGUGGGUAAAGGUAAUUCCUCCCAUUCUUUCUAAGUUUGAAGCCCCUGAUCGGCUUGUAGAGUUGCCCUGGGACGGGCGAGAAUCAUUCUACGACGAAAUCAGAAAAGGCCUGGGGUGGUCUGUCAAGAUAGAUGGCGAAGGUAUCCCAAUUGUCGGACAGUCGAGUUUGCGAGAGACCGAAACCGAAAGGGCGCAGAACGGGUUGGAUGGAAGCCCCCAAUCCGCCAGCCUUCAAUCAGGCCAAAGCUUUUCCUCGCAGACUACAGUUUCGCAUCCCACUUCUACCGAACCAGCCCUCCCGUCCGAAUUAUUAUCGAUGAUCUUUGAAGCCCUUGGUGACUGGGAGACCGCUGCUGCAGUGGGUGUGUACACCCGAAUACCAAUUCCCGAACAGUGGAAACCCCUAAUACCCCGUUCAUAUACCUCGCAAUGUACACUUGAAUAUGCAAUCCUAAAACGGCCGUUCUCCGAAAUCGAACAAUACCUCUCCUCAGCUUCGCCGUGGAAACCGCUAUCAAUGCUAUCUGCGCAUCUUAUUCUCAAAUUCUCCCGCAUAGACAUUUUAGAUUUCAUCAUCACAUCCAGAUCAGAUAUUUUCUGGUCUACACCGCGACUCCUAAACCUCCCAUUCCGCGCUUCAGCUAUAUAUGGCAACACAGCUCUCCUCGAUUGGUGGCUUCAUUGCACCGAGCUACCGAAGAAAGAUUAUUUAACAGAUGCGAUGGACUCUGCUUCACGUGCUGGAUUUAUCCAUGUUCUUGAAUGGUGGCGAAAAUCUGGCUUACCGCUCCUAUAUACAGAACGCGCCCUAGAGUCAGCUUCAGCAGAAGGCCACAUAGCCGUCCUAUCCUGGUGGAGGAAUGCCUCUGAAUGCUCUCCGGAGCACGCCCUACCACUCAAAAUCGGCAAAUCUGUCCUCCUUGCGGCCCAGUCUGGGAGGACGAAUUCAAUAGCCUGGUGGGAUCAAUCGGGCAUACCAUACUCGUAUACCGAAUCUGUGGCUCGCAUCGCCAGUACGCAUGGUCACGUUCCUGUUUUGGAACUUUGGUAUAAAUUGAAAGGCUCCAAGAUGAUCUUUGAUAACCAGGUUCUGGUCGGUGCUACGAAGAACGGGCAUGUGGAUGUUCUUGAAUGGUGGCGAAGAAGCGGAUUACACGUCGAAUUUAAGACGUGUGAUAUAGAAGAGGCACUGGAAGACGCAAUAUCUGGCACUGAAGAGCGGGUACGCCGGUGGUGGGAGAGAAAUGGUUUAAAUUUGGGCGUUGGGACGAGUGAGUGGAUGAAGGUUAAGGUCCUUUAA